AUGGCACCUUACGAAGCACUUUAUGGGCAUAGAUGUCGCACCCCAAUUUGUUGGACUGAAUUACGUGACAGAAAGACUUUGGGACCUGAGUUAGUGCGUGAAACUGAAAACAUCAUCAUAUUGAUCCGUGACCGGCUGAAAAAGGCAUUUGAUAGGCAAAAUUGUUAUGCCGACAAAAGAAGAAAAGACAUCGAGUUCGAGGUUGGAGAUCAAGCCUUUUUGAAAGUAUUCACAUGGAAGAAAGUGUUAAGAUUUAGGCGCAAAGACCCAAGCUACAUCAUUCAGUUAGAAGAUGUUGAGUUGAGGCUAGAUCUAUCCAAUGAGGAGAAGCUUGUGCAAAUCUUGGAUCGAGAUGAGAGAGUGUUGAGGAACAAGUGUAUUCCGAUGAUAGGGGAGUACUCGACUGGUGGAAAUGAACCCCGUCGCCACCGCACACACCACCACGCAUCGGCAGUGUGCAUGGGGCUCUCUAACCAUCUAGGAGGCUCCUAG